GUGUGUGUGUGUGUGUGUGUGUGUGUGUGUGUGUAAGGAGGGGCUGGGAACACUGGAGAUAACUGGCGCUGAACUUUUUCAUCCUUCCAAGAGGAGUAAUUAUGGACACAACAACAUUGUACCCUGUUAGCCGCUCCUCGCCGAAAGAGCCGAUGCUGCACAAAAUCUCCGUGGUUUCAAAACUCCGUUUUAUGUUGUUGUUUUGUUCUGUUUUGUUUUGUUUUUAUCUCAAAAUGCCACUGUAUAAUUUGAGGUGGCGGGUGCUUUACGGUGGUGCAACAAGGUAGACACUAAGGAUUGGAAACGACUCUUUCACAAAGUUAUUCUCCCAAUUAGUUCAAAACGUAGUUAUUAUCCCAGAAGCUUUGGGCUACAGUCUGUGCUUAGGUUAUUCUAAUGAAUGGAUGUUCUGCUGAACAUUUGGGUGUUUUUAUUCUGAUACCUUGGAUUUAAAAACCAAACUGACAGGAUGAAAUGUGAGCAUUCAUGACUACGGCGACUACUCAACUUUGUAUCUGGAGUAGAGCAGAAAAAUUAUUAUGCCUGUGCUCCCUUGGGACUCUUUGAAACUUGCACAGUGACAUCAUCUGGGAUUUAGUCUGGAGUGUGCAGCCUGGUGCCUAAGAUGGAAGUAGAUAUAAAUGGGGAGUCCAGAAGUACCCUGACCACCCUGCCCUUGCCUGUGGCUGAGGGGAGCUCUCCAGGAAAAGCAGAGGCAGAGAAACCCCGCUGCUCUAGCACACCGUGCUCACCCAUGCGUCGGACUGUGUCUGGUUAUCAGAUCCUCCACAUGGACUCUAACUACUUGGUUGGCUUCACAACUGGUGAGGAACUCCUGAAGUUAGCCCAGAAGUGCACAGGAGGGGAAGACGGCAAGGGAGAAGCCAUGCCUCCCUUGCGUGCUAAACAGCUGGACGCAGGACUCUCGCGCUCCUCUCGUCUGUAUAAAACUAGAAGUAGGUACUAUCAGCCAUAUGAGAUUCCAGCUGUUAAUGGCAGGAGGCGAAGGCGGAUGCCCAGCUCAGGAGACAAGUGCACCAAAUCCUUACCUUAUGAACCUUAUAAGGCCCUCCAUGGGCCCUUGCCUCUAUGUCUUCUUAAAGGUAAGAGGGCUCACUCCAAAUCCCUGGACUACCUCAAUCUAGAUAAAAUGAACAUCAAGGAGCCAGCUGACACAGAAGUGCUACAGUACCAGCUUCAACACCUGACCCUCCGAGGGGACCGAGUGUUUGCUAGAAAUAAUACAUGAAUGACUUGCUCAGAGUUUAAACCAUUUUAGGUCAGCCUGUACUUGGCUAGAGAAAAAUCUACUGUUGUACUCUGUACAUGACCCUUCACGUUAGAGAUGGUUAUAUCAGCUAAGCGUUCCCGGAACAUAAAAAUUGUUUGGAUCGAGUUUUGGAUACAGGAAUGAAAUCACAGGUACUUGGGGCGGGGCGGGGGGAUAUCAUUCUAGAGCACGCAACUGCAAAGAAAACCGAAUGUUGACCGUUAGUUUGCAUAGCUUUUUACCUAGGAAAAGGCCUUGGUGCAGUAAUUUCACCUUUAUGAUUCUGACACCCAAAUUGGGAAUGUUAACCUGCUUGGUUGUUGCUAACUUGGUAUGAUUCAUUAGAAAUUUAUAUCGAAGUACCCAGUGCUUCUUGGAUCUCUGUAUUUUACUAUAAAAUGUAUGUAAUGAUUUGUCGUAUGAAAUUCGGAGCUUGAACAUGGCUGAACUGGACCACUUUUUAUUUUUAAAUAUUGAGUUUAAAUAUUUUAUAACUGGUUUUGCACUGAAAACAAUUAACAUUUCAGAUAAUUAAGAGAAUAAUCUUUCUUCACUUGCCUCAAUGAUAAUAUUGAGCAAUGGAUUUUUUUUUUUAUUUCCGCAUGGAAAGUUACUGAUCUUUAUGGCUGUAAAAUAUUCCUUUCUAGCAUUAUUAAAGUGUGUCUUAAUAAAAUUAAAUUUGGGAUACAAAGUAUUUAUUUUAUGAUGGGUGAGUGGGUGGGGCGCUUUUCCAAAAUGUUUCCGAUACAAACUUUUCAUCAGUUGGAAACAUUUCCUUAGUGCUUAUUACCAAUUUAAAUUCCACAUGGAACUUGAAGACAGGAAGGAGUCUCCCCACUGGGUUGUCAGUAUAAUGCUGCUUGCUUCUUUACUUCCUAUGAGUAUGGCUCAGGCAGGGAGCUCCUCCUGAUUUUGACUAUCAAAUGCUUAAACUAAAGAUGAAGUGAUACUGCUUGGCCUAGGGUUGGGUCAGAGAACUUUCCAGGCUCAGUUCUCUGCAGUGUGGCACUCAUCAAAAUUUUAGUUUCGGGAUUAGCCUGGGGGCCCAACGUGCUCCCAGUUUUACUGGGCUAAUCCUGGAUUACCUAACAGUUUAUGUCUGUCACACUGGUUUAAUUUGUUGAUAAAGAUACACUUCCUUGCCUUUAGUAACAGAAGCAACUCAACUAUUCUUGACCAUAAAUGUAUGUAACUUUCCUUUUGUAAACAUUUCUGUUUCUUUUAUUCAGUCUUAAAGGUGCAAUUUAUUACUGAUUUGGCGUUUCUGGCUAUAGAACUACAUAUUUUAUGUUUUCUUUGGGGGCUCUGUGAGUUUCUAAGGGGUUAGCAGUCUUGCUUAUAAAAUAAGAACAUUUUUAAUUGACUACGGGGCCAUUCCUGGAACAGUCAUGACUUUUAACUCUGUCCAGAAUGAAUGGCAAACUUUCUUUAGAGCAGAAUAACUCUUAGAAACCCCAGGAACUCUUCAUAGAGAGGCAGCUGUGUUGGCAACGUGUAGGAGAGAGCUUUGGAGAUGCUGGCUCCCAGCUUACUGAACUAGUCAGAGUUUUCAGUGGCUGGAAAGUUCCUGCUGUUGUCUAUUCUAAAGUAAACUGCACCUUUGUAACAUAUUGUAUUGAUGAAUGAUCACUAAGAUAAACUAUAUCUAUACAGUCAUUAGUUUGACAAGUAAUAGAAUCCUGUCAGAUGCCAAAGAGUUGGGAUUUUUACAUUUAAUGAUUAAACACCGUUAUUUAUUGAUGAUUUACUCUCUGGAACUGUGUUAUUUCUAACUGAAAUAAAAGGGUGAUCUAAACAUA